CGCCCACACUGAUGAAAGGUGUUUCUUCCUUAUAUAGGGCUGGGUCGAGAGUCUGAAUUUGGUGGCUGGUGUGGAGGCACGAUGGGGAGGAUGCUGCUCUGGGCCUCCUUGGCUGUUCUGCUGCAGGUGCAACUAGGCUCAGCCUAUAAGCUAGUGUGCUACUUUACCAACUGGUCUCAGUACCGACCAGAACCAGCCAAGUUCUUCCCCAAGGAUGUGGACCCAUGUCUGUGCACACACCUGAUAUAUGCCUUUGCCACCAUGAACGACAACAAGAUUGCUCCCUACGAAUGGAAUGAUAUUGAUGUCCUGUAUCCUCAGUUCCGAGCCCUGAAAGCACGCAAUGGAGAUCUAGUCAAUCUGUUGGCCAUUGGUGGCUGGAAUUUUGGCACUCAGAAAUUCACCACCAUGGUUGCCACAGCUGCCAACCGCAAGACCUUUAUCUGUUCUGUCAUUGAAUUCCUUCGUCAACAUGGAUUUGAUGGCAUUGACUUGGACAUCGAAUACCCAGGCUCCCGGGGAAGCCCACCUGAGGAUAAGCAGCGAUUUACCAUCCUGAUUAAGGAAAUGUUACAGGCUUUUGAAGAAGAGGCUAAAGAAACAGGAAACUCCCGGCUGCUUAUAACAGCAGCUGUAUCUGCUGGCAAAGGGACCAUUGAUGCAGGAUAUGAAAUUGCAGAGAUUGGAAAGCUCCUGGACUUCAUCAGUGUGAUGACCUAUGACUUCCAUGGUGGCUGGGACACAUGUACAGGGCACAACAGUCCCUUGCACGUAGGAUCCAAGGAUCAAGGCGACUUCCGUUAUUUCAACUGUGAAUAUGCCAUGAAGUACUGGAGAGACAAUGGGGUCCCUACAGAGAAGCUCAUCAUGGGAUUCCCCACCUAUGGAAGGACCUUCCGGCUCAGCAGCUCUGACACCUCAGUCUGUGCCCCAGUCUCUGGAGCAGGGUCAUCUGGUCCUUACACGCGUGAGGCUGGCUUCUGGGCUUACUACGAGAUCUGCACAUUCUUAAAUGGAGCCACAAGUGCCUGGAUUGAAGACCAAAAAGUCCCAUAUGCUUACAAAAGCAGUGAAUGGAUUGGCUAUGACAACAUUGAAAGCUAUGGAUAUAAGGUCGACUUUCUCAAGGAGAACAACUUUGGUGGGGCUAUGGUUUGGGCCAUUGACCUGGAUGACUUCUCAGGUUCCUUCUGCAACGAGGGCAAACACCCACUCAUAAGCAAACUAAAGUCACUCCUUGGCCUGUCCUCAGAAUGUAUCCCACCAGCCACCACUACCUGGUAUAACCAACCUGUGAUACCAAGAAGUGGCUUCUGUGCUACCAAUGGUGGAGGUGGUGGCAGCGGUGGAGAAGGCGGUGGUGAUGGGGGCAGCAAUGGAGAAGAUGGAGGUUUCUGUACUGGUAAAGCAGAUGGCAUCUAUGGUGAUCCUGAAGACAAGACUGAAUUCUACCAGUGUGCGGGAGGCAGGUCCUUCCACCUUCAGUGUGCCCAGGGUCUGGUCUUUGACCAGAACUGCAAGUGUUGCAAUUGGCCUUAAAUGAAAAGUGUGGUAACAUCUUUGCCCCAGAUUCUCUUGUCCUACAUGUCAAACUACUUUCCCCAAUAGUGCAUGUAAUCUAUAUAUCAUAUCAAUUUGUCACAUGGGUAAUCCUAAUCUACUAAAAUAGCAUUAUCAUAAGGUUUUGCUCUGGUAAAACCUAAAAACACUUUAACCCCUUGAACCAAAUCCACAUGUAAAAUAAAUAUGGCACAGUAUUUUA